UGGGCUAUCUAAAAUUUACCCUUUCCUAAACUUGGCACACAGCAAGAAACAAAGAACAAAAAAAUCUUACUAUUUUUAUAAAUGCAACUCCCACUUCCCUAUUUUUUCCUGUCGUAAAAUUUUAAUUUGACUCUUUUUUUAUUUGAUAAUCUUGUUCAUGUUGUUUUCCCCCCUCUUUCUCAAAUCAAAUUGUGGGUUUAUCAAUCUCAGAACAAAUUUCUAGGGUUUUCUCAGAUCUCUCUGUUCAUGUCAUCAAUGUAAGUAAUUCCCCCCUGUAUAUGAAAUUUCCUCAGUUGGGUUUUUUUUCCCUGCUUUGUUGAUGAAUCCUGAGGUAGGAAUUUGAAUUUUAAGAGUCUUACAUGGAUAGCCUUUUUUAAAUGUACAAAUUUGAUUAUUCUUCUGUUGCCUAGCUGUGAAAAAUGGAUUAGUUUUGGUGUUUUCAAGGUGGAAGCUUUGGUUUUUAUUUGCUGGGAAUACAUUAGGAUUAGGGUUAGGGCUUAGGGUUUGGCUUAGCAACAAGAUAUGAUCAAACAGAUAUUGGGUAAGCUACCUCGAAAACCCUCAAAAGCAUCCAGUAACGAUUCAAACAAUGACGGUGGACUCCAUGCCCACUCGUCCUUGAACUCAUCUAAUGGGUCCGGUUCCAUUAACAACUCAAAGCUCUCUGCCAAUUCGUCCAAAUCUUCGAAUCCGAGCUCGGGCGCUUCACGCGUGAACACUGGGAGCCUGGUACCGUAUAGCAAGGGGAAUCAAGGGAAUAAGUCAGCUCCUCAAUUGGGUCCUUUGAUGACUUCUGGGGUUUAUGAAGCAUUGCCUAGCUUUCGUGAUGUUCCUAACUCGGAGAAGCAUAAUCUCUUUAUGAAGAAGUUGAAUAUGUGUUGCGUUGUGUUUGAUUUUAGUGAUCCUUCUAAGAAUCUUAAAGAGAAGGACAUUAAGAGGCAGACUUUGCAUGAGCUUCUUGAUUAUAUUUCAACUGUUACUUCAAAGUUCAAUGAGAUUGCAAUGCAAGAAAUUACGAGGAUGGUGGCAGCCAAUUUGUUUAGAACACUUCCAUCUAUGAACCAUGAUAACAAGAUUCUAGAAAUGUUUGAUCCUGAAGAUGAAGAACCAGCUAUGGAGCCUGCUUGGCCUCAUCUUCAGAUUGUGUAUGAUUUUCUGCUUAGAUUUGUGGCUUCAUCAGAGACUGAUGCCAAGCUCGCCAAGAGAUACAUUGACCAUUCAUUUGUGUUGAGAUUGCUGGACUUAUUUGAUUCUGAAGACCAAAGAGAGAGGGAGUAUUUGAAGACGAUACUCCAUCGUAUUUAUGGAAAGUUCAUGGUACAUCGACCAUUCAUUAGAAAAGCUAUCAACAAUAUCUUUUACAUAUUCAUUUUCGAGACGGAGAGGCAUAACGGGAUUGCAGAAAUGCUUGAGAUAUUGGGCAGCAUUAUUAAUGGGUUUGCUUUGCCAUUGAAGGAAGAACACAAGCUUUUCCUUCUUCGUGCCUUAAUUCCACUUCACAAGCCAAAAUGUGUAUCAAUGUAUCAUCAGCAACUGUCAUAUUGUAUAACUCAAUUUGUGGAGAAAGAUUUCAAGCUGGCUGAUACUGUAGUCCGAGGUCUGUUGAAGUAUUGGCCCAUGACUAAUAGUUCCAAGGAAGUUAUGUUUCUUGGUGAGUUGGAGGAAGUUUUAGAGGCUACUCAGUCUGCAGAGUUUCAACGGUGCAUGGUCCCUUUGUUCCAUCAAAUUGGUCGCUGCCUCAACAGCUCACAUUUUCAGGUUGCAGAACGUGCCUUGUUUUUGUGGAACAAUGAUCACAUAAGAAAUUUGAUCACGCAGAAUCGCAGAGUGAUACUGCCUAUAAUCUUCCCAGCUUUGGAGAGAAACACAAGGGGGCAUUGGAACCAAGCUGUUCAGAGUUUGACCCUGAAUGUCAAGAAGAUAUUCUCAGACGCUGAUCAAGAAAUUUUUGAUGAAUCCUUGGUCAAAUUUGAAGAAGAUGAAGUGAAACAGAUGGAGACACGGGAGAAAAGAGAUUUAACUUGGAAGCGCUUGGAAGAUGUGGCGACCUCUAAGGUUGUAAGCAAUGAAGCUGUGCUUGUCUCGAAGUUCAUCUCAUCUGUUGCCAUUGCCAGUGGGACAAGCCCUUGGGCCACUGCAGCUGGUUGAGAGCUCUGACUGGUGUAAACUGAGUUUACCUUCAUGAAGGAUAGAAAGGUGUUGACUGGUGACCACCUUGGGUGCAGAAUUGUUUGGCCUUGUUUCGCGUGGUUCUCUCACAAGUCCAUAUUUCAUCAGUGCGGAAGACGGAGGUUCGGUUUUGAGACACUGAGGUUACUCACCUUUUUUGUUUUCUAUGCUCUUUCCUUUUUUCUUCUCAUCCAUGAAAUUGUAAGUGUUUAAUAUAAAGGAUUUGAUUCAUAGAGGUAGUCCUUCGUAUUUCCUACCUUGUAAAAUUUAUUUUCUGUAAUGAUGCAAAGAAGAUUGUUCCUUCCAUUCAACUUUUAUAACA